GAGAAAGUUGCGUAUUUCCUUAUGAGUCACAGUUAGGGAUGUAAUUAAGACUGAUAUAAAAGGACAGUCGCUCUGUUAACUAAAUAAUCCAAUUUUCAAUAAAUGUCUCAGUGACAUGUUUGGGUAUUGCUGAUCUCCAGCAUGGCAAACAUCUUAUCCUGUGUUUUGCUAUCUCUCAGCCUCAAGCAAAUUUGAUAUAUAAAGGGCAUGAGCAAAAGAAAUGACACGAGGUUACUCUAACAUUGUUUGAUGUAUGCCCUAUAAGACUAAGAGUUUGGAAGAUUUACCAUAUGGAAGAAGACAAACUAACUGUCCAGAUUCAAAGGUUGAACUAAUAAACAAAUAUGGAUUCUACAAGAAGAACUAGUAUUGGAAAUUGUGACAACAGUGUCUACAAGUAUGGUUUCUUCAUAAAAUCACCACCACCUCAACUUUUUAAUAAUCAGAGUUCCUGGAAAAGGAGAUAUUUUAUUCUUUCUCAUUCUGCCCAAAAUGGUUACAUCUUGAGCUAUCGUAAAGGCCAGCAAAUAAAGGGCCACAUUGAAAUUAAUGAAGCUUCAAAAAUAGAAAUUGGCAUAGGUGACUCUGAGAAAAUGUCUGUUGUGAAAAAGAUGUUCAAGUGCCAGUCCACUGAAGUGAUGAGUAUCACUACAGAGAACAGAAUAUUUUAUCUUAUUGGAAGAGAUAGCAAGGAAGUUGAGGAAUGGGCUACCUUCCUAUUUACAUUGUGCUCAGAACAACAGAAACAGAAAGUCAGAAGUCGGUCCCAAUCUGUCCCGGCCUGUCUUGAUGAAUUGGAUAUUACCUCUACCACCAAAAUGGAUCAGUAUCUUGGUACUAAAUAUGAAGACAUAGCAACAUCAGUUCACAAACAAAGGCCAAACUCAGAUCCUAGUCCUCAAGAAACCCAGAAAGAACUACAUAUUUAUGAAUCCCCGGGAAAACUCCUACGCCGUCUGAGGCAACUGACAAAUACUUCAUUUGAAGAACAGGAAGAAAAAGAAGAAUAUUAUGCUUCUCCAUCAAGUAUUUUAGCUGAGCUGGAUGAGGUGAGAAUGGGAGAAUAUAGCAUCUCAGACAAUGAAAAGUUCAGUAGCAGUAAAGAAUACAUGUCCAUGAAAGAUUUAAUUUCAGAAAUGGUAGAAGAUAAAAUAAAACCAAAAGAUGUCAAUAAUCAAUUAGUGACCUUUCCCCAAAAUCAGAUGGAUGUACAAAUGGCAGAACCAAAGCCAUUGGAAACAACACCCAAAGUCUUCUUUUUAUCUGUGGUUCAAUUGUCCAUAAUUCUCAGUAAAAUCACAGAUGAUAACCAAUUGGAGCAGGUGGAUAUCCUCCUUCUCCAGAAUAAUCUUGAAUCCUACUUAACACUUGUAGAAGCUUCUGGAUGCAUAUGCAUUUCUCAGUGGAAAGACCCAUGUCGUUUAGGAUGCAUAUUUCAUCAAGGAGAUCAUAUAGUGGCUGUGAAUGAUUUGCAUAUCAAAGAUAUGGAUGAAAUAUUUUGGUUCAUAAGUAGAUCCAGAAGAAAGGAGGUAAAACUGACAAUAAAUCGACUCCCAGAUUCAGAGAUUUUGCAUGUUCCAGGAUGCAAGUGUCCACAACGACAUAAAAGAACAGAAGUUUCUUCCAUGUUAUUUUCUGUUUGAUAAGAGAUUUGCUUCUAUAUAUAUCAGGACUUUAGAUCUCCUUGCAAUCUUUGUGAAUGAAAUGAUGAUCCUGGUUGUUACAAAUCAAUGAAACAAAAUGAGUUGAAGAAUGAAUGGAAAGUGAAUAAACUUUGCAACUGAACAUUAGGGAAAUUGGUAUUUUCUAAAUGUAGUUAUGAUUUCUACUUAUAUUUCAAUAAUUAACUGAGUUGCUAACAACUAGUGGCAGUCAAAAUAUAUUGAUAAACAGUAGGAUAGCUUACCAAAGUUUAAACAAAGAACAUGCUGUAGCUGCUGAGAGAAUCUAUGAUAGGGACUAAAUAUAAUAUGAACUAUGGCAGAUCUGAUACUAUAAGAAGGGUGAUCCUAGUUAAGGAAGUAUUUCUUCUCCAGAAUAAACUAGUCACAGCUUUUUAUUUAAUUAUAUUAAAUUAGGUUCAAACAGAAAUCCAUUUCCACUGUGUAAAGUUGUCAGAUAUAUUUGGAUGUUACUAGAAAAAACAUUAAAGUUCCAUGUUGGUUCUGAUAAAAAAUUAAUGUUUUGGAACAAAACUUAUUUAAUAAAUAAACAUAUUUUGAAGAAAAUAAUUACUUUUAAUCAUUCUGGAACUUUUAAAAAAAUAUGAAAGUAAUAUAAUUAACUAGGUGGCAAUAUGAAGAGCUAACAUACUUGCUGGAACGUGGUACCAUAGCAGUGUCUGAUAUUAAGAUUGAGUAAGUGUAUUGAAGGCUUAAUAAAAACAAAAUCAAUAAUUCAAUAUGAUCAAAAUUUUAAAAUAUUAAAUACAUAAAUUUAGACAAUAUGCAAAAAAUAUUGAAUAGGGAACUUAAAUAUCCUAUACUGCAUAGUCUUGGAUUCUAAGAAAUGUUAAGUGUGAUGUAUUUAAUUCAUCUAAUUGUUUUUCUGGUAUAUUGGACACUUCACCAGAUGUUCAAAAAACAUUGUUAUCUUUUUAUGCUACAGAUAAAUGUGAAUCAGAUUCUUGUAAGAAAAUAAAAGUAAAAAGUUCUCCAUGUAUUAUUAAUUAUAUUCCAAAAAUAUGGAAUUAUUUUAAUUUAUAAUUUAGCUGAAUUGUGCCUUAGACUAUUGCCGAAAAGGCAAUUAUGUAUGUCAGGAAGAAUUCACAUGUAUCCAGUUUUGAAACGAAAUAUGAUAGUUCUCGCCCUUUGAACUGGUUUUGUAUUAAUCAUAAUAUAAGAUCAAAUAGUAUGAUUUGAUAUGGUAUAGGAUUAAUUCAUGAUUUAAAAACUGAAUUGUAACUGUGUACAGAUAUAUUACUAGUUUGAUAUCAGAGAAACAAUGUAUCUUGUAUAGUGGUUUUCCUUUAUUUCUAUUAUUUACUUUUUUCUAGAUCUCUUUUUUUCUGAGUUUCUUUUCCUUUUUAGUAUAUAUUGUUUAAUUUUUAAGUACAGUAUAUAGCUUUUUUAUUUCAUAGUUUUAAAUGAGAAUUCAAAGUUUUGUUCUUACAUGUCAUUAUUUAUAUUGUUUACAAAACUCAAUAAAAUUUAUUUUUAAAAAGAAA